CAUUAUUUAUUGCUCAUUAACGCUAUUUACCCUUUAUAAUUGUUCUCAUUUAUUUGUUUUUUGCAGUGAUUUCCUGCUUUGCUGGUUACUGCAAUGAAUGGUAACACUGUCCAGCAAACCACGAGCACUGCACCAUUCGUAGCACCUCCUUGUGGAUGGAGGGAGUUCUGCGAGUUGCAUGCCAGCACCACGGCCCGAGAACUCGCCCAGCACUACCGGCGCUUCGUCAGAGAGCGGCCGGUGCAGGAUGUGGUCCCGCCGGAAAGUUUCUCCAAGCAGUUCAGCGCCCUGUUCCAGCACCACUUCAGCUGUGAGGUGGCCAAAAAUGCAGAACUCUCCUUGCGGCCCCCACCGCCACCUCCCUUACUACCUAUGACCAGCCGCUUACGCAUUACUUCGUUCUCCGGAGUGCUGGAUUACAGGGAGACCGUGCGGCCUGCUCCUCUAGUUGCCAUAUUAGCGCCCAAACCAGAUGCUAGUGGCGUUCCUAGGGAACAGGAGCAGUUGCUGCGCUGCUCUCCUCCAGACACUACACACCGUACGCGGAAUCACAGUCAGGAAAACGAACGCUCUGAUUUUAGGACUGGCUCAGAAGGAUACUCUCCCACUGCAUGCGACUUCCCUUCCCGAAAUGACGUAACUCACAUUUCUGUCAGUCGCAUUCGAGAAAGCGUUUGUCGACUUUUUAAGAAAUCACCGCAAUUUGGCGAAUCCUCAAGUUGUUGUCCAAGGGACGAGUUGAUCCCGAGUGGUGGACCACCUGUGAGUGUUGAAUGCACCCCUCACAGCCCACCUGUGCAGGUACCCACCAAUCGCACUUCACAGAGGGCUGCACUGUGGGAGCGCUGGAAUCCAUGGCGGACUGUGAGACGGAGGCAAGAGUUUGGAAGUGUUUGUAAAGAGGGGCAGCUGCGGUACCUAGAGGUGGACGACACUAUUUCAGACACGGCCCCACAAUGGCAGCGCUGCCGCCUGCAGGUCAGGAGGACCAAUGAGCACAGCGCUAGCCAGAGGUACCUGCUAGAGCUCUACGACCCACCCAAGGACUACAGAAUGCCAAAGAUUUCCGUACACUGUUCAGACAUCAAAGAGAUUCGACGCUGUAAUCGCCUAGAGAUGCCUGAUAACAUGAACACAUUCGUCUUAAAGGUUGCUGGCCUCACGGGUGGUUUUAUAUUUGAGGCCGAUAAUGAGCAGCAGGUCAGCUCCUGGACCACUGAGCUCAGAGAAUGUAUGAGCAGCAGGUCAGAUAAUGUGGAUGGAGAACCAUUUCCUGUUAGCGACUCGCUCAGCGCCGCUCGCAGAGGGAGCUCAGAUCCUGGAGGCCAGAGCCCGCUAGGUUUUGGACUUGCAGAGCAGGCCUACAAUAAAACGCAUCACUUCCUGUCUUCUUACUCCUGGUUCCACGGGCCCAUCUCUCGUGUGCGAGCGGCUUACCUUGUCCAGCACGCCGGGGUCAGCGGUCAUGGGAACUUCCUGGUGAGGCAGAGUGAGACGCGCAGAGGAGAUUACGUGCUCACCUUCAACUAUCAGGGCCGAGCCAAGCAUCUGCGUCUGUCUUUAACUGAAUGGGGUCAGUGUCGUGUGCAGCACCUGCGCUUCCCUUCAGUCAUGGACAUGUUGAGUCACUUCCGCAAUUGUCCCAUCCCAUUGGAGUGCGGAGCCGCCUGUGACGUCAUGCUGGCCAAUUAUGUGCGCGUCAACCCCACACACACAGGUCAGAGCUCGGCUUUUGGCUCUCCUGUGUUGGUGCCUUUCUCACGCUGGAGUUCAGAGCCCAGUUUGGCUCACUGCAGUCCGGAUUCGUGUCCUCACUCCAGCUCUUCCAUGGCCCAGUCCUGUUCGCCUCCUUCAUCGUUAGCCGGACUCUCACACCGCACUCCUUCAUUCCUUCCAGACCGUCACGCUCCCCUACACCGCAGCGAGUCUGUGGGCCGCAGAAACCUGCUCCGCCAUCCAAACCCACUGCCACCCCUCCUGCCCAACCGGGACUCGGACUACGAACUGGAGCCGCCUGAUAGGGGGCGCAAGAGAGCCAUCGACAACCAGUAUAUGUUCUUCUGACAGAAGAAAUAAGCGAUCAAAAGAAGCCACGGAUGGAAAAAUGCUCCAGAGUUCCUGCCCUGAUGGAGAGCGUUUUCGGCAGCCAAACAGAGAAAAGAGAUGGAGUCGUGCGAGAUUGAGCACGAGACUCACGGUGGAGGCACAAACAUGUGUGUCGCACGAAACUACCAGACAUCUAACGCUGACGGCUGUCUACCUUGUGAAUGUAUUAUACAAUCGUUUCACUAUCAAAUCAGCGUGUGUUUGUAGAAUAACAAGCAGACAGCGGACAGGAUUUGGCGGAUGGGAAAAGUUUCCAGGUGGUUAGUAAGUCGAACACAAGCCGAGGGUCUGUUUUAAACACAUUGAUGUCUACACUGGAUGCGGCUGACAUUGCGACAACUCGAAGGCCGUCAACACUGGAUGAUUCAGCAUCACAGUUUAAAUCAGCUGUAAAUCGUUUGUUCUUUUCGAAGAAAUUGAUUUUCAAAGUAGUAACUUCAAAUCGUAUUUUACACAUGCAUUCUUUUUCUUAUUAUUAUAUAUAGACCGAGGGAGAAAUUAAACUAAACACGCUAAA